UUACAGGACGACCAAUUUUAACGUUCAGAAUGGAAAAUGAUCGGAAGGUGUGCAGUAAUUAGUAAUGAUGUAUUGAAGAAGUGGAAAGUAUUAGGAAUCAUUCAAAACAGGAUGAAUUCAAUGCUUGAUCAAAAAAUGUCAAAUGCUGAUCCAGAUGACAAAGAUACAAUCUAUGAAAAGGCUAAAGCGUAUUGGGCAUCGGUAUCUUGUAAUGUGCAUGGUAUGCUUGGAGGCUUUGCCCAUCUUCAUGUACCCGACAUUCAUGCUUCGAAACAAUUCAUUAAUUUGUUGAAAGCUAAAGGAAUGCUAACAAAUUUUGAACGAGCUGUUGAUUGUGGAUGUGGCAUAGGACGUGUUACUAAACAUCUCUUAUUACCAUUGUUUGAAUCGGUGGAUAUGGUAGAUGUCACUGAAAGUUUCAUUCAAGAAUCUGCCAACUAUAUUGGCAAAGAAAACAGUCGGAUUGGUAAUAAAUUCGUAUGCAGUUUGCAACAAUUCGAGCCAUUAUCUUGUCAUUAUGAUCUUAUAUGGAUACAGUGGGUUACUGGUCAUUUAACUAAUAGCGAUUUUUUUAAAUUCCUCCAACGAUGUAAGGAAGGCUUGAAAGAGAAUGGCUGUAUCAUUCUAAAGGAAAACGUUUCAUCCUCGGAAGAUCGGUAUGAUUUCGAUGAAGAAGAUAACAGUUGGACACGUCCUAAGGAUGCGUUAUUGGAACUUUUUCGAAAUGUUGGUCUUACAUUAAUGGUCGAGAAGAAGCAGCAGAAUUUUCCGAAAGGAAUGCUUCCUGUAUAUAUGUUUGCAUUACGAUAAUGUAAACAUAAACAUGGAAAUUGUAUAUGCUUGCAUUAUGGGUUUAAAUAUAUCUCAUUCCUUUUUGAUUACUUUUUUUUUCUCUCCUGUUAUGAAUUUCCAAAAUAAAAAAGUGUUCAAUGUAUUGUGUUGCUCUCAUUGAUAAUUUGAACGUUUACUCUAAUAAGUGAUAUAUUUUUUCAUUAAUCG